GCACGGGAGAAGACUCAUCCAUGAUCUCAUCCACCAAAACACGCGUAAUGGCCCAAUUGACGUCUCCUCGCACCGCCAGGCAUCUACGCCACGGGAUUUGCAUACGUGAAGCCAUGGUAUCCGCGGCCGCAGCUUUCGCCUAUAAAAGCGCCAUUGUGCCCCCAAGAUCGCAUAGCUAACCAAAGCACCUGACAUUCAGCUUAAGCCUAGCUUCAACUCCUUCACAGCAUUGACAGUACCCAGUACACUUAUCCUUCAAGACCGCUCAAAAUGUCGGGACAAGGCCAAUCCUACGAAACCGACCCGCGCUGGACAGCCGUAGAUGAAUACGCCUUCUCACACUUACACCCCUCUUCUUCCACCGCUCCCUCUACCUCGGCACUCGACCAUGCCCUCAAACAACAAGCCGCACAAGGCCUCCCCGACAUCGCCGUGUCGCCCUCGCAGGGCAAAUACCUCCAGCUCACCGCGCGCCUCGCACGCGCCAAGAACAUCCUAGAAGUAGGCACGCUGGGCGGGUACUCGACCAUCUGGCUGGCGAACGCCGGGCCGGAUGUAAAAGUAGUAAGCGUAGAAGUCGACGAGCACCACGCUCAGGUAGCCCGGGAGAACAUCGACCACGCGGGCGUAGGCUCGAGGGUAGACAUCCGUCUCGGGCCCGGCGUCUCGGUGCUGCCCCAGCUCGCCCAAGAGGUCAAAGAAGGGAAGAGGGAGAAGUUCCAGUUCGUCUUCAUCGACGCGGAUAAGGAGAAUAACUGGAACUAUGUGGAUGUUGCGGUGGGCAUGUGCGAGCCUGGCGCCGUGGUGAUUGUGGAUAAUGUGGUGAGGCAGGGGAAGCUUGCGAGUGAUGCUGCGGAUCCGCGGAUUGCGGGCGCGAGGCGGGUGGUGGAGAAUAUUGGAAAGGAUGGGAGGUUAGAUGGGAUUGUGGUGCAGACUGUUGGGGAAAAGAGCUACGAUGGGUUUCUCCUGGCUGUUGUGAAAUGAGGCAAUAUUAGAAAGGGAGGUGUGCAUGUUCAAGUCAUUUAUCUGUUAUGUACGCCGUCGUUAUAUAUAUGUGUAAUACGCCGUGCAAGCUUGCAU